AGACCCUUCUGAACUUGCACAGUAUGAACACGCAAGAACCAGCUUCCACAGUCGCCAGCUCGUCUACCGCCACCCCCGCUCCCGCCGACCCUCCCUCUACUGUGACUAGUAGUAGUCCCACACCGUCCUCCUCGGCAUUCCAGCCCUAUCAGCAAUUACACGAAGCUAUGCUAGCUGCUGUCAACAGUCACGGCGUUACUUCUCUUUCACAUGAAGGACUACUAGCUGCUGCGGCGGCAGCUGCUGCACAUGCUCACGCACAUCACACCAACACACAGAACGAUCACCAGCAAGGACCGGUAGACUACGCAAAGAAAGAUAGCAUCCGGGUCGCUAAUCGUGAACGAAAGAAGAAGUGGCGUCUACACAACGAAGAGAGAAAUAAAGAUAAUGAUCUGCGAUGUCGUGUCAAUAAAAGGGCCAAUAAAUUAUUUGGUCCAUUAGAACACGAUGCGAAGACUCUUUGGGUUAAUGAAGAGUUUGAAAAAAGACGACAAAAACGAAUGGAGAAGGAACGCCGGAAGAACAUUGUGGAUAACGUGCUGAGUGUGCCAGGCCAGUCGAUGCCGAUCGGCCUCCCCGGAAGCACUCCGCCUACCACAUUCUAUCCGCCAGUGUCAAUCGAUCCUGAUUCUGCAGCCAAAAUACUUGGAUUUCCUUCUGAUCUUCAGCGACAAUUAUUGGAACAAUUAAAUAAUAGUAUGAUGGCUCUCACAAAUGCCAAAUUACCAACGCCUCCAGUCGAGUACCCAUCUGAAUCACUUCAACCUGACACAGAUAUCAAGCCCGAUCUUGCCACAACCGAACAAGCCCUAUCCUCUCUUGCUGCCGAACUCUCCUCCAACACAAUUAUGCCUACAGAAAAGAAAGAGGAGACCGAGAAAGAAGGUUCAAGCGAGAAGAAGGCAGAGUACCCCAUGGACGCCGUAUUGACUCUAAUGCAGCUUAAUGCAGGAUGGCGGCAGUGAUUAUUAUUAUUAUCAUAAUAAUAAUAAAAAAAAUAAGAACAAAAUAACCCUCUAAACCCUCAAAAUACAAAUGCAAAUCAAUCAACCAAAUCCAAUCAAUCCUACCAAACUCAACCCAAUCCAAAUCCAAAUCCAAAUCCAAUUCCAAUUCAAUCCAACCCAAUCCAAUCAAUCAGUCAGUCAAUAAAAAUAUGAAAAAUAAAAAUAAAAAUC